AUGGCAAGGUUUUGUUAUACGGAAGAGGAGGAAGAGGUUAUAACGGACAUGAGUGAUUGUGUUCCGGAUGUUACCGACCUUUCAGUUCCGGAUAUCGCCGACCUAGUUCCGGAGGUUACUGAAGAAGCUAUUCCGGAUUAUGACAGUCCAUAUCAGCCUCCGGAUCCGCUAUCACGCUUGGACGAGUUUGACUCGGACACGUUCUUGGAGGCACUUCGAAGAUAUCGAAUAUUCGAGCCACUGGAGCGCGACGAUUUGAAUGAACAAGAUUUGGAUGCAGAAGGUGACGAGGAGGCCUUGCUACUGGAUGAAAUCAACCACCGGGAAGGUGGUUGGGAGUACGAAGACGGUGAGAGUGGUGAAGACGAUCUGGAGCCAUUAGGUGAUGAACCUAUUGGGUUUGACCUGGACGGCGCUGACCUGAGCCUAUUGCAAAAAGUGGAGUGGGAUUUCGAUGAUGAGCAACACAGCGGACAACCGCAGUUGGAUGUUGCACCACUCUAUGAUGGACCAUGUGAUCCGACGAGUGCAGCAAUGGCAUACGCCGAGAAUCCAACUGUGGCGCCGAAUUGCUGCAGAGACAAAGAAGUACAGACUCAACAGCAUCGACGGAAUUGCUCAAGGUAUGCGUGA